AUGAGUUUUGGGUUGCCGUCUAUCAAAGUCAAGCCAGAAUAUGGCAGUAAUGUUAAAAAGCAAGAUGGUACUUUUGGAGUGCCGGAUCCAUUUGUUGAAGGCUUGGGAUCUACAAAACCAAAAUUAGGCAUAUCACAUCCUCUGGAAGUUUCCGAAAGAAAUUAUCAUCUAAAUGAGGAGAAAAUGAACAUGGCUAUGUUACGUAACAUUCAAGGAAUACAUGCACCACUUAAGUUAUCUAUGGAGACGAAAUUCACCAAAAAGAUUGGUCGAUUGCCAUUCCUUCCUAGUUCUAAUCUUCAGAAUGACGUAAUCACAGGUCGAUAUCUGGAUAUUGGCUUUGAAGAUAUUCUGAACACUCCAGAACUGUGCGAAGUGGCUGGCCAACCCCAUGCUGUAGUGGAAAGAUCGCUUGGCUUAAUU